AGCUUGCUAUAAAUACUCAUUGUCAGGACAUUUCGGCAAGCAUUACCAGUUUAGGUGUGAGAAGGAGUUUAAUUUAGGCUUAUCUUUGUAUACAGACAAAGAAAACUUUAAAAAUAAAAAUGAAGUGUGUUAUCCUGCUCUGCCUGUGUGCCACCGCCGUGCUGUCAGCGCCACAGACCAAGGAGGCCUCCGAGCCCAUCCCCAUCCUGCGGCAAGACAGCCAGGACAACGGGGACGGCUCCUACCAAUACUCCUUCGAAACCGGCAACGGAAUUAACGCAGAACAGAAGGGAGAGCUGAAGAAAGUCGGCGACAUCGACGCCAUUGAGGUCCAGGGCCAAUUCCAGUAUCCCGGCGAGAACGGACCAAUCGUUCUCACGUACGUAGCUGAUGAGAACGGAUUCCACCCAAUGGGAGACCACCUGCCCACCGCCCCGCCGGUGCCCGCGCCAAUCCAGCGAGCCCUGGAGUACCUCGCCACGGCAUCGCCGCCUAGUCCUGCAGCAGACAAUGUUCAGUAAUUAUUUUGUCGAUGCAAACUGAAUGUUAAGUUUAGUGAAGAGUGAGAAUAUUGUGCUUUUUUGUAAUUUUAUACCUACUUAUUAAAAUAAAUGAAUUGUUCAUUAUUAUGUUAA